AAAAACAAAAACUCAUUCUAAAAUUAAUCUAUUUUAUAUUUUUGUUUUGUUCUUACAAUCAAAAUACCCAAUAUCACUAGUGUAAUAUAAUAUAAGACAGGAUUCUGGCAUUUCCCAUGGAAACAGUACUGGUGGGCAGUAGUGGACAACAACGUGGACUAACACCGACAAUCUCAAAGCUUAGGCAUCAUCAUAAACUCCCUCCUCCUCACUCUCUCUUCCCCACUUCAACAACCACCUGCACAUCAGCCGUUACACUCGCUUCCAGAAAGAGGAGGCUUAAUAAGAAGUUAAGUUGCAGGGGAUUGAUGUCAAAAAUGGCUGAUCAUGAUCAAGCUAAGGUAGUCGCUGCUGAUGUUGUCUCAGGGGAUAUGAUUUUUCAGCCUAUCUUGGAGGAUGGGAUUUUUCGAUUUGAUUGUUCUGCAGAAGCUAGAGCUGCUUCAUAUCCCAGCCUUUCAUUCAUCCGUAGCUCAGAUAGGGACACGCCAAUCAUGAGUCACAGUGUUCCUUCAUAUACCCCUACUUAUGAAUGUGUUUCUGGGAAGCAGAUUGUUAAAUUCGAGUUUCCUGAUGGUACCACCUUUUAUGGAACUGGAGAAGUUAGUGGACAGCUUGAGAGGACCGGAAAAAGAGUUUUCACAUGGAACACGGAUGCAUGGGGUUAUGGUCCUGGAACUACAUCAUUGUACCAGUCACAUCCUUGGGUGCUGGCUGUUCUUCCAAAUGGAGAGGCGUUAGGGGUUCUUGCAGACACCACGCUACGCUGUGAGAUUGAUCUGAGGAAGGAAUCAAUAAUUCAGUUCAUUGCUCCAUCAUCGUACCCUGUUGUUACAUUUGGUCUUUUUGCUUCUCCCACAGAUGUUCUGAAAUCUUUGUCUCACGCCAUUGGAACUGUUUUUAUGCCUCCAAAGUGGUCGUUAGGCUAUCAACAAUGCCGGUGGAGCUAUGAUUCAGAUGAGAGAGUUCGCGAGAUUGCCAGAACUUUUCGAGAGAAGGGCAUACCAUGUGAUGUUAUAUGGAUGGAUAUUGACUACAUGGAUGGCUUUCGCUGUUUCACAUUUGACCAGGAACGUUUUCGAGAUCCACAAUCUUUGGUAAAAGAUCUCCAUGAUGAUGGAUUUAAAGCGAUUUGGAUGCUUGACCCUGGUAUCAAGAAAGAAGAAGGAUAUUUGAUCUAUGACAGUGGUUCUGAAAAUGAUGCAUGGAUCAAGAAAGCAGAUGGGGAGCCAUUUGUUGGGGAGGUAUGGCCUGGGCCCUGUGUUUUUCCUGAUUUCACACAAUCAAAAGUUCGCGCUUGGUGGGCUCUUUUAGUUAAAGAUUUUACAUCUAAUGGUGUUGAUGGCAUAUGGAAUGAUAUGAAUGAGCCAGCUGUUUUCAAAACUGUUACAAAGACGAUGCCUGAGAGCAAUUUACAUCUAGGAGAUGAAGAAAUUGGAGGUUGUCAGAAUCACUCACACUAUCACAAUGUAUAUGGCAUGCUUAUGGCAAGAUCAACAUAUGAGGGGAUGAAGUUAGCCAAUGAAAAUAAGCGUCCUUUUGUACUCACCAGAGCUGGAUUUAUUGGUAGUCAAAGGUAUGCUGCAACAUGGACGGGAGAUAACCUUUCAAACUGGGAGCACGUACACAUGUCUAUCUCCAUGGUACUUCAAUUGGGACUCAGUGGUCAGCCACUCUCUGGACCUGAUAUUGGUGGAUUUGCUGGAAAUGCAACACCCAAACUUUUUGGAAGGUGGAUGGGUGUGGGUGCUAUGUUUCCUUUCUGCCGUGGGCAUUCUGAAAAGAGCACAAAUGAUCAUGAGCCAUGGUCUUUUGGGGAAGAGUGUGAAGAAGUGUGCCGUCUAGCAUUAAAGAGGCGCUAUCGACUUCUACCACAUAUAUACACUCUGUUUUAUUUGGCACACACAACAGGUAUCCCGGUGGCAACUCCAACUUUCUUUGCUGAUCCAAAAGAUCCUGGCUUAAGGACCACUGAAAAUUCCUUCCUGCUGGGUCCUCUUCUUGUCUUUUCAAGCACCAUUGCUGAUCAGGGAAUGGAUAGAUUGCAUCCAGUGCUGCCCAAGGGAAUCUGGUUGAGAUUUGAUUUUGAUGAUUCACACCCGGAUUUACCGACAUUAUAUUUGCAAGGAGGAUCAAUAAUUCCUUUGGCUCCCCCACAUCAGCAUGUUGGUGAAGCAAAUCUGUCAGAUGACUUGACACUCCUUGUAGCUUUAGAUCAAAAUGGGCAUGCUGAAGGAUUACUAUUUGAAGAUGAAGGUGAUGGGUAUGAAUUCACCAGAGGUGGAUAUCUGUUGACACGUUAUGUCGCCGAACUUCAAUCUUCAGCUGUUACUGUCAGAGUUUCCCAAAUGGAAGGAUCAUGGAAGAGGCCCAGACGCCGUCUGCGUGUGCAGUUAUUGCUUGGUGGAGGUGCAAUGCUUGACUCAUGGGGCAUAGAUGGAGAUGUCCUGAAAAUCAAUAUGCCCACAGAAGUUGAAGUUUCUACACUGGUGUCCACCAGUGAGAAACAAUACAGGACCCGGUUAGAAUGUGCCAAGCAUAUUCCAGAGUUGGAAGAGGUUUCUGGACCCAAGGGAGUAGUGGAUCUUUCAAAAGUCCCUGUUGAAUUGAAAAACGGUGAUUGGAUUGCUAAAGUAGUUCCCUGGAUUGGAGGCAGAAUUAUUUCCAUGGAGCACCUUCCUUCGGGAACACAGUGGCUUCAUAGCAGGGUUGAGAUUGAUGGAUAUGAAGAGUAUAGUGGUACCGAGUACCGGUCAGCAGGAUGUUCUGAAGAAUAUAGUGUCAUUGAGCGGGAUCUUGAGCAUGCAGAAGAGGAGGAAUCUCUUAUUUUAGAAGGUAAUAUUGGUGGAGGGCUGGUUCUUCGACGGCAGAUAUCUAUACUCAAAGAUAAUCCAAAGAUUCUCCAGAUUGACUCUGGCAUUAUAGCCCGCAGCGUUGGUGCUGGUUCUGGUGGAUUUUCAAGACUGGUUUGCUUGAGAGUACACCCGGCGUUUACUCUCCUUCACCCCACUGAAACUUUUGUCUCAUUCACCUCCAUUGAUGGAUCAAAGCAUGAAAUAUGGCCUGAAUCUGGGGAUCAGUUCUAUCAAGAGAAUCUUCUGCCUAAUGGUGAAUGGAUGCUGGUGGAUCAAUGUCAGGGCUUGGCUUUAGUCAAUCGGUUUAACAUUAAUGAGGUUUUUAAGUGUUACAUCCAUUGGGGAACAGGGACAGUAAAUCUGGAGCUGUGGUCUGAAGAUAGGCCUGUUUCAAAGCAAUCACCUCUCACAGUGUCCCAUGGGUAUGAGGUGAGAGGAAUCUCGUAGUUACUUGUACAAGAGAUGGAUGCAGAGAUAUUCAACCAGCAGAUUUAAAUUGUGAAGUUUUAACUAAAUAAUGCAUCAAAACUUCUUUUGGGAAAAAGAA